AAUAAUUCAAACUUUGUAAUGUCGAUGUUUCAAUAAAAUAAACGGGGCGUCACGUGUCACUACCGGCAUGUCCUCUGUUGUGUUGCCCGGCAGCUGGCCGGUAGCUCAGGUAUUGGUUUCCCGUUAGCGUCGAGUCGAACGGAAUGGUUCAAGGUUUUAAGUCUAUGGUCAUUGUCUCACUUCAAAGGAAACAGCAACCCGUUGUGCGAGGGUAAUCUUUUUGCUUACCUUCACAAUGACGUAGCAAUCACGCGUUUUUCAACUUUAACUUCUCACAGUCUUCGUGUCACCCAUUUUCUUUCAUUCGCCAUGUCGCCCCCGUCAAACACGUCGAAAUCAGAGAUAUCCAAAGCCCCAGAGCCUAAGUAUGGCCAGGUGUUUGAUUCAUGGAACUCGUCCGCCACCGGUCAUCAGCGCGCCGAAAAUCACUUGGGGAGAAGCAUAGGAUGGCGUCAGUCUCGGAACUUGAAGCUGACGAGCCAGUUCAAAGGGGGCCCGGGCGGCGGAUCGAGAGUAUCAGACACAGUCGGUACUGGAUCAAAAGACUGGGAUCCUAAGCUGAAAGCUCUUGUCACGCCUGAGCUACGGUCACGCGCUAAGUGUUCCGUCAGGGAUAUGCUUGCAAAGCCAGGGAUCAUGGCAACGAGUAUGUCGUCGUCUACGUCUACCGCGCCAGACCCAAAAUCUAUGCCAGAUGAUGAAGGUAGCAGCAGGCCGACAGCCGAGGAAAAGCUCAUGUCCCAGCGUAAAACCGAAGAUGAAGCGCGAGAGACGCAAAAAGCGCAGCCGAAGAGGAUUUUCGACGGUGUUGUGGUCUAUAUCAACGGUAGCACGCACCCCCUAAUAUCGGACCAUAAGCUCAAGCACAUCUUAGCGGAACACGGAGCUAGAACCUCAAUCAAUCUCGGACGACGGCAGGUGACUCACGUGAUUUUAGGUAGGCCGACCGGAGGAGGGUCUAGGGGUGCUGGUGGAGGUUUGGCAGGAGGAAAAUUACAAAAAGAAAUCCAGAAGGUUGGUGGUUGCGGGAUGAAGUUUGUAGGUGCUGAGUGGGUUCUUGAGAGCAUUAAAGCAGGCAAACGACUUCCGGAGGCGAGAUUCAGCAAUUUGAAGAUGGCGUCUAGGGGCCAGCAGAGCGUAUAUGGUUUAUACUCGAUGUCCAAGACACCUGCGGAGAAAUCUGCAUCCAAAUAGGCAUGCCCAACGUCAUCUGGCAGAGGCUGACGAAUUUAUGACGCUGCUCGCUAUGGCAUACGCCACGGUCAAUGGGUUGGUUGCAUUCAGGGUUUACAACAUUACACAUUGCAUUAUGAGAUACAUGAGGUUGGUUACUUUGCAUGACACAUCAGCAUAAAGCAUCAAUUGCAUGAAUGGUCGGGGUCGGUAUGUACUC